AUGAGCGACUACCAGAGCGAACAGUUCUAUCCAGCAACCGUCUCAGCGAAGCUGCCGCAACUAUACCCCCCGGAAGUGCGCGAGCUGGAGGACGAUUCUCUUACUAGUCCCACCACGACUUGUGUUAAUCUGGUGGGGAUUGGGGCAACAAAAGCCAUCGACAUUCCCCAAAACCGGCAGUUCCUAGCCAGAACUCGACUCCGACUAGAAGUUCCUAGCCAGAACUCGAUACCGUCCAGAAGUCCACCAGCAGCCAAUAGUCUCCACCGAAGCCAGCCAAGAAUAGCCAGUGAACCCACGCUAGAAGAAGUAGAUCAACAUGCGAACAACAUACAUGCGGAAAAAAUCCUACCAUGUUUCGAAAUAGAACACGUAUAUCAGAUAACACCAACUGAAGUUGCUAACAUCAACAACGACAGAGCGCAAAUAAACAGCAACAAAGAAUUUCUAAGUAUAUUUGGACCAAAGUUCGAACAGCAUACCUGGAUCUUCACCGAUGGUUCUCUCGACAAAAAUCAAGGAAACGUGGGACUAGGAGUGUUCAUCCCAAGCAUCAACCACAAAUUCUCAGCAAGACUCCCUCAACUCACACAAAUAUGCACUGCAGAAGUUAUAGCGAUAAACAAAGCCAUUACCAUAUGCCUAGAGAGGAACCUGGACAAGUCAGUAAUAUUUUCGGACUCAAAGUCAGCUCUACAAAAAAUCUCGAGCACGGAAAUCAACAAAGAUAGGGACCACAUUUCCCUGAAAACAAAAAUAAUGUUGUUAAAAGCAGAGGCAAACGGUUGCGAAAUCAAAUUGGCAUGGAUUCCGGGUCACUCCAACAUCCAUGGGAACCUAGUGGCAGACACACUGGCAAACAUUGGAAGAAAUUCUGAAAAUCAAGUAGAAGUAGAACUAGACAAAAAUGAUGUCCUACCAACAAUUAAGCAGCAAAUACAGGCUAAAUGGAAACAAGAAUGGAAAUUGAGUACAAAUUCACGAGGUUUCAGCUAUGCACAGAUAAUAAAGGAGUUCCCAAGUUCCCCAUGGUUCACCUUGUUUCCAUAUAAGGACAGAAGGCAUCUAACAACGAUAAUUAGAAUGAGAACAGGUCAUUGUUUAACCAACAAGCAUCUGCACAGAAUAGGAAUUCUGACUCACCCGUAUUGUGAAUGCGGACAGAAAAAACCUUUGUCCCCAUCUCUUUUUAACCUGGGUGCUUCUCUCCAAUCCGAGGCAACGUUUCGGUGUGUGUUAAGGCUCGGCUGUUGCCCCCGAGCGAGAAAAGUCUAUCCUGUGUUGUGUUGUUUACUAACCCCAUUUGCACUCCCGCUCAAGAUAUAGGAAUCAAUCGAGGGAAUAUGAGUAACCAAUCUCAGAUGCACUUCACGGUGCAUUCCCUUGAAUAAUAAAAAACAAG